GUCAUUACGGCGACACGUGGAUCCAAGAUGGCUGCGGCGAUGGAUUGGUUGUCAUGGUCGCUGCUGCUUCUCUCUCUCAUAUGUGAAUUGAGAGCCUUUUAUGUCCCUGGGGUUGCUCCAAUCAACUUUCACCAAAACGACCCCGUAGAAAUUAAGGCUGUGAAGCUCACCAGCUCUCGAACUCAGCUACCUUAUGAAUACUACUCACUGCCCUUCUGCCAGCCCAGCAAAAUAACCUACAAGGCAGAGAAUCUGGGUUCUCAUGAAUAGCGAGAAGAAGUGUGAGGUUCUGUGCAGCCAGUCCAACAAGCCCAUGACCCUGACAGUGGAGCAGAGCCGGCUCGUGGCUGAGCGGAUCACAGAGGACUACUAUGUCCACCUCAUUGCCGAUAACCUGCCUGUGGCCACCCGGCUGGAGCUCUACUCCAACCACGACAGCGAUGACAAGAAGAAGGAAAAAGAUGUGCAGUUUGAACAUGGCUACCGACUCGGCUUCACAGAUGUCAACAAGAUUUACUUGCACAAUCACCUCUCAUUCAUCCUUUACUACCACCGGGAAGACGUAGAAGAGGACCAAGAGCAUACGUACCGUGUCGUCCGCUUCGAGGUGAUUCCCCAGAGCAUCAGGCUAGAGGACCUCAAAACAGAUGAGAAGAGUUCAUGCACCCUGCCUGAGGGGACCAACUCCUCGCCCCAAGAAAUUGACCCCACCAAGGAGAAUCAGCUGUUCUUCACCUACUCUGUACACUGGGAGGAAAGUGACAUCAAAUGGGCCUCUCGGUGGGAUACUUACCUGACCAUGAGUGAUGUGCAGAUCCACUGGUUUUCCAUCAUUAACUCUGUUGUGGUGGUCUUCUUCCUGUCAGGCAUCCUGAGUAUGAUCAUCAUCCGGACCCUCAGGAAAGACAUUGCCAACUAUAACAAGGAGGAUGACAUUGAAGACACCAUGGAAGAGUCAGGCUGGAAGCUGGUGCACGGUGACGUCUUCAGACCACCCCAGUACCCCAUGAUUCUCAGCUCCCUGCUGGGCUCAGGCAUUCAGCUCUUCUGUAUGAUCCUCAUUGUCAUCUUUGUCGCCAUGCUUGGCAUGCUGUCGCCCUCCAGCCGGGGUGCUCUCAUGACCACGGCCUGCUUCCUCUUCAUGUUCAUGGGGGUGUUUGGUGGUUUUUCUGCUGGCCGUCUGUACCGCACUCUAAAAGGCCACCGGUGGAAGAAAGGAGCCUUCUGUACAGCAACGCUGUAUCCUGGGGUGGUGUUUGGCAUCUGCUUUGUGUUAAAUUGCUUCAUUUGGGGAAAGCACUCGUCAGGAGCGGUGCCCUUUCCCACCAUGGUAGCCCUGCUGUGCAUGUGGUUUGGGAUCUCGCUGCCCCUUGUCUACCUGGGCUACUAUUUCGGCUUCCGCAAGCAGCCAUACGACAACCCUGUGCGCACCAACCAGAUCCCCCGGCAGAUCCCUGAGCAGCGGUGGUACAUGAACCGGUUUGUGGGCAUUCUCAUGGCGGGGAUCCUGCCCUUUGGCGCCAUGUUCAUCGAGCUGUUCUUCAUUUUCAGUGCUAUUUGGGAGAAUCAGUUCUAUUACCUCUUUGGCUUCCUGUUCCUGGUCUUCAUCAUCCUGGUGGUGUCCUGUUCCCAAAUCAGCAUUGUCAUGGUUUACUUCCAGCUGUGUGCAGAGGAUUACCGAUGGUGGUGGAGGAAUUUCCUAGUCUCUGGGGGAUCUGCUUUCUACGUCCUGGUCUAUGCCAUCUUUUAUUUUGUUAACAAGCUGGACAUCGUUGAGUUCAUCCCCUCCCUCCUCUACUUUGGCUACACGGCUCUCAUGGUCCUGUCCUUCUGGCUCCUGACGGGCACCAUAGGCUUCUACGCCGCCUACAUGUUUGUCCGCAAGAUCUACGCCGCCGUGAAGAUAGACUGACUGGUUGGGGUGGACCAUGGCCAGGCCCACUCUGUCCUUGGACAGCAAAGCCACCCUGCGUGGGGACCUGCAGGCACGGAAAAUAAAAUAACUCCUGCUUGUUUGGAAUGUAACGCCUGGCACGGUGUUCCUGGAUCCUGGGGCUGCGUGGGGGGCGGGAAGACCUGUGUGUAAAUCUUGCAUUUUCAUCAUCUUAUGCCAGUUCUGUGGGGGAUGAGUUUUUCAUGGGUUGUUUGUUCAGUGCUGAGAAAGUUCCUUCCCGCAGGAACUCUCUGACUUGUUUAUUCAGGUUUAUUUUUGAUUUGAGGUUGUUUUGUUUUUUUUCCUUAAUUUUUUAACAAAUGGAUCCAG